UGACUCUGGGAGCGAGCCUGAUAAGCAGGGACUUCCAAAAUUCCUUCCAAGAAUGAGCUGACACCCUAAGAAUGUGGCUUGGAAACAAAGAAUAAAAGCCUCCAUUAUAUAACAAGUCACAAUACAAAGCAGACAGAAGCGCUGACAUAUUAGGUGGUAUUAUAAGGAAAACACGAAUAACAUUGACCUACAGGACACGUGGAUAUCACCAUGAAGGCAUUACUGAUCCUCUCACUGCUUGGGAUAAUGGCUGGCUGCCUUGCCCUGGAAGGUGGUCAACCUCCAGCAAAAAAAUCAAGAAAGUUAAUAAAUAAUCAAGAGGUCAUGAUGUCAAAGAGUUCAGCAAAUGCUGUCUUCAAGAGGCAUCGACGCUCCUAUGACUAUUUUGAAAGACUUUACACACGAAUAAAGUCUCCCCUGGAGAUAAAGAAGGAGCAGUGUGAGAACUACUGGCCCUGUGAUCAGCUCUCAGAAUGGGUUGGCUUCUAUCAAGCCUACCAGAGAUACUUUGGACCUGUGUGAAUGGAGACAUGAGGAGUGAUUGAGGGCACUUACCCUGCUCCGCAGCUUUCAAGACCCCACAGUGAACUAAUGCAAAAAAAAUAAAAAA